AUGAACGAUAAACAAUUCAUCGACACAAGUAAUCGUGAUCAAAAACAAGCAGGAGCUAAUUUUGUUGUAAUGCAUCAACCACCACCGGUUGCUACUCAUACUAUGACUGCAAAUAUCCCAAAUUUUUAUCAACCUCAACCGGUACUUAUCUAUCAAAAUCCAAAUCAUCCACCGAUGAUGAUGAUGAACCAUGGAAUAAAUAUAAAUCCUGCAAUGACACCACAGAUAAUGGCUAUCCCAGACUACAAAUCAUGGUCAAUCUUUAAUAUUUGCUGUUGUUGUUUCAUACUUGGUAUUUUUGCUUAUAUAAAGUCUGGAAGGACAAGAGACAACAAAAUGUGUGGAAAUCUUCAAGGUGCAUUGGAAGCAUCAAAAUCUGCUAAAAUUCUCAAUAUUUCAGCUACAGUUAUUGGCUCGAUUGCAAUAAUUACCCUUAUUAUUCUUGCAGCAACUAAAACAAUUACAAUUUAUACUUACUCAUAUUGA